AUGUCCAUGACACCAGAGCAAAUGGCGAAGACGCCCGCGUCUAAGCCGCCGCCCGGCGUCGUUCCCAACUUCGUGGACCCUCCGUCCGGGGCUCCUGUUCUCAUCGCGGUCGGCACCGUCCUCCUGGUCAUCAUGCUGGCGUUUUCCAGCCUCAGAUUCUACGUCAAAGCCAUCGUGCGGCGCAGCGUGACUGCUGACGACUGGACCACCCUUGCAGCCGUUGUCGGAACUUUGUGGUAUUACGGUAUAUGCAUUCACGCUGUCACGGCCGCAAAGUUCGGCACGCACAUGUGGGACAUGUCGAUCGCUCAUACCCUCAGCAACGACUUCCUAAUCGCCAGCUUCUUUUGCAACUGGCCCACGGGCCUCGUGUGGGCGCUCGCCAAGACGUCCUUCUUCCUCAUGUACCUGCAGAUCUUUGGGCCUCUCCCCUGGCUUCGAAUCUGCGUCUAUUUCGGCCUUUUCCUCAACUGGGGCUUCUACACGGCCGUCAUCAUCGCAAGCAUCUACUACCAAGCCCCAAACCCGGGGCAGACAUGGCAGGAGGGCUUCCUGAAUGACCGCUACACUGAGAGCUUCAACAUGACUAUACCCAUCGCCUCUGGAAGCCUGUUCUUGGAUACCUACAUCUUCGUGCUUCCGCUCAUUGCAGUCUCCAAGCUCCGUCUAAGCACCAAGAAGAAGAUUGGUGUCAUGGCUGUCUUUGCGACAGGACUGAUCGCUUGUGUCGCCUCUUCCCUCAGCAUCUUCUUCAAAAACAAGCUCAACGCUCGCCUCGACGACUACACGUUCUGGAUCUACCCCGUCCUCCUCAUGGCCCUCGUGGAGAUGUGCGUGGGAAUCACCUGCGCCUGCAUGCCGUCCACGGCCGGCUUCUUCAAGAACAGGGCGAGCGGCGGUUUGAACACGUGGGGCAGCAACCCGUUCAGCAGGCUGCGAAGUCUGCUCCGAUACGGCAGGCAGAGCAACGCGGCUGAAUCCCUGGACAAAUCCUGGGGGAAGAACGCCACGCACGUCAGCUCCGCGACGAGUGAUCAUCCUUACGAUGACAUUGAAAUGGGAGCUGCGAGCACCGAGGAGCUCAGGCCGGGCGCUGGCCGGAGGCAGAUACAUGUGCGUCGGGAGGUUCAUGUAGGGUAA